UCAAUGCAGCCAGCAAUAACUCUCCUCCUCUCUUCUCCUUCCUUCUUCCUUCCUCAAAUCCUCACCAUUUCUCUUCUCUUUUAACCAUGAUUUAUUUCUUCAUGAAUUAAUCCUCUUCUAACCAAGGUUGGAUCAACUCUGCCAUAUAGCUUCUGCUGCUGCUGCGUCUAGCUUUUCACUGAAAGAGGAGGAGGAAGAACGACAGAUAUGCCGCGCGCUGCCUCCACCGCCUCAGUAGCUGGACGAUGAACGCCUCCGGCAAUACUGCUGGGUUCGGUUCCACUCCAUCUCUCACUCAGGCAAGUUUGAUGGACAUGGGGCGAGAGUUUUCGAUGCAAUAUCGCGAUGAGCUGAUGGAGAACAUGAUGAUGAGCAGGGAGGAAAUGGAGAGCAAGUCUUUGCAUGAUGACGGUGGCGGUGGUGGUUCGGAGGAGGAGGAGCAGGGGCAUGGCCUGCAGCAGCAGAGGCCGAGGAAGCACUACCACCGUCACACUCAACACCAGAUACAAGAACUCGAGAAUUUCUUCAAGGAGUGUCCUCAUCCUGAUGACAAACAGAGAAAGGAGCUCAGUAGAGAGCUGGGGCUGGAGCCACUUCAGAUCAAGUUCUGGUUCCAAAACAAGCGCACACAAAUGAAGAACCAACAAGAAAAGCACGAGAAUGCUCACCUGCGAUCGGAGAAUGACAAGCUUCGGGCUGAGAACAUGAGGUACAAGGAAGCACUCGCCAAUGCCUCGUGCCCCAACUGCGGCGGCCCUGCGUCCCUCGGAGAAAUGUCAUUUGACGAGCACCAUCUCAGAAUUGAAAAUUCUCGACUGCGAGAGGAGAUUGAUAGGAUAUCUGCCAUAGCUGCCAAGUACGUGGGCAAGUCUGCAACUUCUCGGCCCUUGCUCUCUCCUCCACUCUCUGGCCGUUCGUCACUGGACCUCGGCACUGGGAUCGACAAUUUGUUUGGCGGGGAAGGAGAGCUACUGAAGAGCAUCUCCAGCUACAUGGAUAUUGAGAAGCCAAUGCUCGUCGAGCUUGCAGUGGCUGCCAUGGAGGAGUUGGUGAGGAUGGCACAGCUCGGCGAGCCGCUUUGGGCAGUUGGAAUCGACGGCUUUACUGAGACUCUCAAUGAAGAGGAAUACGCGAGGAUCUUCCCCAGAGGCAUCGCCCCCAAAUCUCCGGGAAUGAAAUCAGAGGCGACUCGCGCUACCGCUGCUGUGAUCAUGAAUCAUGUAAACAUGGUUGAGAUGCUAAUGGAUGUGAAUCAAUGGUCGAAUAUAUUCUCUGACAUUGUAUCAAGAGCUAUCACAUUGGAGGUGCUAUCGACUGGAGUAGCAGGCAAUUUUGAUGGUGCAUUACAACUGAUGUCUGCGGAAUUCCAACUGCCGUCGCCUCUUGUGCCAACCCGGGAGAGCUUGUUCGCGCGCUACUGCAAGCGGCAUGCUGACGGAACCUGGGCAGUGGUCGAUGCCUCUUUGGAGAGCUUACGCCCUGCUUCCGUCUUGAGAUGCAGGAGAAGGCCCUCUGGCUGCAUCAUUCAAGAAAUGGCUAAUGGAUACUCAAAGGUUACAUGGGUUGAGCAUGCUGAAGUCGAUGAUAGGUCUGUUCAUGAAAUGUAUAAGCCCUUAGUCAGCUCAGGCCUAGCCUUCGGUGCUAAGAGGUGGACGGGGACGUUGGAUCGACAAUCCGAACGACUUGCGAGCGUAAUGGCUAGCAAUGUACCCUCCAGGGAGAUCACUGUGACGACCUCUGCAGAAGGGAGGAAGAGCAUGUUAAAACUAGCCGAAAGGAUCGCCAAAAGCUUUUGUGGAGGUGUGAGCGCCUCAACUGCUCACCAAUGGACUACUCUCUCCGGCAGUGGCGCGGAGGAUGUGAGGGUCAUGACAAGAAAGAGUGUUGAUGAUCCUGGAAGGCCUCCUGGGAUCCUUCUUAAUGCUGCUAAAUCCUUCUGGCUUCCUGUCAUGCCCAAGACAGUCUUCGAUUUCCUCCGCGAUGAAAGCUCCCGCAAUGUGUGGGACAUCCUUUCAAACGGUGGCGUUGUUCAGGAAAUGGCUCACAUAGUCAACGGGCGAGAUCACGGCAACUGUGUCUCUCUUCUCCGCGUCAACAGCGUGAAUUCAAAUCAGAGCAACAUGCUGAUACUGCAAGAGAGCUGCACCGAUGCAGUUGUCUCCUACGUGAUCUAUGCCCCGGUGGAUGUCGUGGCUAUGAAUGUGGUGUUUAAUGGUGGAGAUCCUGACUAUGUCGCACUGUUGCCCUCUGGCUUUGUCAUCCUACCAGAUGGGCCUUCUUCCAUUCAAGGCACUGCUGCCGCAGCACCACCACAUGAAGCUGGCUCCCUUGUCACUGUCGCAUUUGAAAUCCUGGUCGAUUCAGUCCCAACAGCCAAGAUAUCGCUCGGCUCUGUCGCCACAGUUAACAGCCUUAUCGCGUGCACCGUCGAACGAAUCAAAGCCGCGUUGAUCGGUGAAAGUGUACAGUGAGCCAGGAACUUGGUUGGUCUGCAGAGACAAAGGGCGAAGACAAUGUUUCAUGGGAGGCAUCAAAAUCAAGUCUUGUUUUUGACAUCAAACUGAAUUCCUUCUAUGUUUUGGGUUUGUACUCAAGUGUGUUGGAGAAAUGGAGCAACCAACGCAAAUGUCUAUCUUGUCAAGAUAAAUUAACUUGUGAUUUUAAGUACCUUAUUUUAUUGGUCAGUGUAUGGACAUAACGACUUUGUUUAUUGCCUGUUUAAUGCGUCAUGCUAUGAAAUUAAGAAGUUUUUCGUAGGGUUUA